AGUAAUUGAUCGUAUGCCCUGGUGGCCUUGCUGAUUGUGUCCCACAGGUAAUAAUACCUGUCCUUGGAUGAAUUCUAAUGGCCGCCCCUACUCCGAGGUCGUUCCAGGAGAACUUCUCUCAUACAUCGUAUUUAGUCCCUUCCUCAGCUAAAUGAGUUUAUGCCUUCCAUCUGUGCUCCCAAUAAGAUAAGCAUUAGGCUUAAGAAAGUUGGCACCCUGGCUUAGGUGACUCUGUUGAGUGACCUUCAGGAACCCCACACAAUUCUGUGAGGAGCAAGGGCACAAAGCAAUGAAAUAUUCCAAAGCCGCAAUGAUUCUAUACAAGCUUGGACUUAUCUUUUGGGAUUCCCCAUAAAUUCUGAAGCCUCCGUUGAUGGGCAGUGCUCCUUAAAUGUAAUAUCUUAUUUCUCCUCAUGAGCUGGGAACUUGAACGGCUUGCUUAACCUCUGCGAUCUUCAGGUCGGAUUCCUCAUGUGGAAUGGAGAUGAUCGUGCCCUCCUUGCAGGGUUAUUGUGAGUCUGAAAUAAAGUGAAGCUUUCAUGGGAAGCGCAUUCCAAGUGUUCCCUGAAUGCUAGCUCCCUUUCCUGAUGGUUGCAGUGAAUAUCUUCCAGCUGAGAUUGGCACAUAUGUUCUGAGGGGUGUUAAGUAUUUAUUCUGUAAAGUGAUACUGAAUUUUAAAUGUUGGGACUAUCUUGGAAAUUCUAGGACUUAUGGUGGCAGAAUUCAUAAUGCCUAGUACAGGCGCUGGCUCUUAGUGGACCCUAGAGGGAUGAUGAAGUAUAUCAUAAUAACCAUAGGGAGAAAAAUACCCUAAUGACCUUUUACAGCAAUAUUAGACUACAGGGCCUAUCGCUCACACUUCUUUUUUAUUUAUCUUGCUGUCCACCGAGAACACAGUUCUGCGUAAAAGGAAAGCUUACAAUGUUUUGACUACAUUGUGUCUGAUUGACAGACAUGGAUGCUGUCUUCUGAUUUUAGGCCGGGAAGGUGAGGAAAGGGGCUGUUUCAGGUGGAAAUACACAGGAAUCUGCGUAUUUCAGGUCUCAAACCCCUCUUCUCAAAUGUCCAAAGGAAGAGCCCUCCUUAGACCAGUAAAGCCAGGCUCCCAGAAGAUCUCCCCGUCAGUAUGUGUGUGGUUCGUCGGGCGCACGCUCCCUCACGCCUUUCCAAGGGCUGAAUGGGCAUCUGGGUGACAAGAAAGGAGAGGGGCCAAGCAUAGUUCCACCUAUUCUAAUUUGCACAGAGUAGUCCCAUUUCCCUCCCACCUCUGAGACUACCGCAAGUGUGUUAAAAGCCAAAGACCAGUUGGGCUGUACAAAUCUAAUGGCACCCAGAGGGUGCUCAGGAGAGGAGCUGGACGCUAAGAGGAAGGCCCGCCCAGGCUGCUGGUACAGAUGUCUUCUGGAACCUCGAUGGGAUGGAAAGAGAGCAUCACAACUUCACAGCUGGGAUUUGAUGGAGCUGGAUUUCUACUUCAGAGUUGAUGCUUGAAUACCUCAGAUCCCAAGCAGGAACGAAUUUCAUAUACACCUCCCGAGAGCCCGGUGCCGAGUUACGCGUCCUCGACUCCGCUUCAUGUUCCAGUGCCCCGAGCGCUCAGGAUGGAGGACGACUCGAUCCGCCUGCCCGCGCACCUGCGCUUGCAGCCAAUUUACUGGAGCAGGGAUGACGUAGCCCAGUGGCUCAAGUGGGCUGAAAACGAAUUUUCUUUAAGGCCAAUUGACAGCAACACGUUUGAAAUGAACGGCAAAGCGCUCCUGCUGCUGACCAAAGAGGACUUUCGCUAUCGAUCUCCUCAUUCAGGUGAUGUGCUCUAUGAACUCCUUCAGCAUAUUCUGAAGCAGAGGAAACCUCGGAUUCUUUUUUCACCCUUCUUCCACCCCGGAAACUCUAUACACACACAGCCAGAAGUCCUACUGCAUCAGAACCAUGAAGAAGAUAAUUGUGUCCAGAGGACCCCGAGGCCUCCGGUGGAGAACGUGCACCACAACCCCCCCACCAUUGAACUGUUGCACCGGUCUAGAUCGCCUGUCACAGCCAAUCACCGGCCUUCUCCCGACCCCGAGCAGCGGCCCCUCCGGUCCCCCCUGGACAACAUGAUCCGCCGCCUCUCCCCGGCCGAGAGGGCCCAGGGGCCGAGGCUCCACCAGGAGAACAACCACCAGGAGUCCUACCCCCUGUCAGUGUCUCCCAUGGAGAAUAACCACUGCCCGCCGUCCUCCGAGCCCCACCAGAAGCCAUCGAGCCCCCGGCAGGAGAGCACACGCGUGAUCCAGCUGAUGCCCAGUCCCAUCAUGCACCCUUUGAUCCUGAACCCCCGGCACUCCGUGGAUUUCAAACAGUCCAGGCUCUCUGAGGACGGGCUGCAUAGGGAAGGCAAGCCCAUCAACCUGUCCCAUCGGGAAGACCUGGCGUACAUGAACCACAUCAUGGUCUCUGUCUCCCCGCCCGAGGAGCACGCCAUGCCCAUUGGGAGAAUAGCAGACUGUAGACUGCUUUGGGAUUACGUCUAUCAGUUGCUUUCCGACAGCCGGUACGAAAACUUCAUCCGAUGGGAAGACAAAGAAUCCAAAAUAUUCCGGAUAGUGGAUCCCAAUGGACUGGCUCGACUGUGGGGAAACCAUAAGAACAGAACAAACAUGACCUAUGAGAAAAUGUCCAGAGCCCUGCGCCACUACUACAAACUAAACAUUAUCAGGAAGGAGCCAGGACAAAGGCUUUUGUUCAGGUUUAUGAAAACCCCGGAUGAAAUCAUGAGUGGCCGAACGGACCGUCUGGAGCACCUGGAGUCCCAGGAGCUGGAUGAACAAAUAUACCAAGAAGAUGAAUGCUGAGGGAACCAACCCACCACCUCAGCGGGCCAGCAGCCGGGGGGCCCCCUGCCCGCGAGGGGCCUGGAGGCGAGCCGAGCAGGCGGGCUGAGACUAGAACAGGAAGAGACCCAGAAGUGGGAGUGACACCUGUCUCGCGUAGCGGGAGGGCCCCCAGAGCACCUUAGACAAACCACCCAGCAAAGGCGGGGCUGGAAUUCUGGCCGAGGGCACGAGCCUGGGACUCGCGGUUCCCGUUUCCUCCUCAUUUGGAACCUCUCCAUCUGUAAUUCCUCACCCUCACCCGUCCACCUGUUGUUAGUUUCAUGGUGUUUUCGUUUUUUGGUUUUUUUUGUUUAAGACCAUGCAGUUUGACUUUUCAUCAUUCAUAUAGGGGAAGACAUCCGAGGUUGUUUUCCUAUGGAAAUAUAUAUCUAUUAUAUAUACCUAUUUUUUUGCAAAUCUCACAAAGUGCGGCAAACCCAGCUGGUCAGGAAAGAGAAAACACACGCAAAGGGUUUCAGGUUCCUCUUUAUCCUGCCACGUGGAUCAGGUUUGUUCCUGUUGCUCUUGGGUCUUGGCUGGGGGAAAAAAAAAAAAAAAAGAUGCUUUUAAAAAGGAUAAAGUGAGAAGGAGAGCGCUCUUUUUCUCCCUCUCGCUCUUUCCUCCCCUGCCUCUCCCUCCCUGCCUGCUGUUGAGUUUCAGAUACCUUUUAGCAGAGUCCAGCCUCCAGGACAGUCUUGGGAGUUGGUGACGCUCCAACGGAAUCAGCGGUCUGGGUGCUUUGCAGUGGCACUGCGCAAAAAAUAAAAUAAAUAAUAAUAAUAAUAAUCCAACCCACAUCCGGACAUCUGGCUGCCUAUCAGAGGGAGGCCCCAAACGUCACGGGUGCUGUGGUCCUCCAGAGAGAUAAGCAUCAGUCCAGCUGGCUGCCCCCGGCCGUGGCUGUGAGCACCCCAGGGCUUGGUGGUGCCGAGGACAGAAGAUCAGGAUGGAAGGCUGUGUGUAGUAUUCGGAAGGCCCCAGCCUCUUGGGAUUAACUUGCAGGUCCUGCAAGGUUCCCAAAGGCCACCUUGUGGUCAGUUUCAUGCCCUCACCUAACUUUUUAAAAAUUCCCGGGCUUUUUAAAAGUUUCCUGGCCCCCACGGGACACAGGGCAUUGGAGAGCGGAGGACCCUAGAGUACACAGUCUCGCUUGCUACUGAUGUUUGCCCAGCCUGGGCAGACAGGAAACUCGUCAGAUCUAUGACCUUUUUCUCUUCUCCUUUCAUCGCUGUGCUUCACCCAUUCGUGGCUCUUUCUCGCCUCGAAAUAAGGUCCACAGUGUCUUGUAAAAUGAGGGAAGUGCCACCCCUUAGUACUUUUGAUGAUAACACAUAUUUUUAGAAAGCUCUUUGAGAUUUUUUUUUUUCCUUUUCUAGCCAUCUGAACUCUUUUAAUACAGGUUCAGAAUCCAAUCUUAGAAGGACGGCCGUUUUUUAAUCCAAAAGAUUAGACCCGCCUUACACAGCACCCCCUCCUCGUUUCUCUAGUUUUCUCUCCUUGGUUGGGUGAGCAUCUCGCAGCUCCCCAGGGUACAUGUGCACGUCGUCAGCGGCACUUCUAGAUGCUGCUGCCAGAUCCCUGGGUGUCUUCUCAAGCCACUUCUGAGCAAAUCAGGGAGGUAGGGGUUGGAGGAACGCAGGCAGGAAGAGUUCUCCCCCAGCCUUAUUGACAAGGACACCAGCCUGGGGAGAGGGAAGGACAGAUUGCGGGUCAAGGACACUGGAAUCAAGGAGCCCUUUGAGGUCCUUCAGUUGUGCUCUGUUCCUGCCCCUUAUCAGACCGCAGAUAGAGACAUAGAGGUGGCCAGCCUCCUCCACUGUCACGUGAUCCACCAACUCUACCUUCCAGAAGGCCGGGCUUGCAGUGAGGUCAGGGACCUGCUGAUGAAGGAAGGGUUUGGUCUCGGGCCACUUGAAUGGUGGUGAAAGUCAGCUGGACCCCAGCACACUCCAGAUGUCUUUCAAGAGCAUUCAGCAGCAUGCACUGAUUCGUUGUCCAGCCUCUAAGAUGACUGAUGUUGGAUUGCAACUUGAGAGAUUAAGCCAAAAACCUGGUGUAUUGGGAAGACCAUUGAGUCGAAGGGCUGGAGAGAAAAGGUGGAUUUUUACUGAGGCCCUUUGUGUGGCUAUGAAAGCAGAGACCAGGGCAUGAUGUUGCUCUUUCCUAAGAUGAGAAUGUCUCAUUCUGUUCACUUUACCCACACGUAAGGACUCCAGCUCUUUCUGUUCAAAGAAUAUUACAGCUGAAUUAUGGAAGGAAAUUCCCUUUUGCCCCAAGGAUCUCUGUAUUUAAAGCAAUACCCUGUAAGAAUAGGUAAGACUUAGGAUGGUGACACCUUCACCUGCUUGAAGAAUAGAAAGCACUAAUUCCAACGUGCUCCUUAUUUCCUACCCCGGUAUUACCAGUAAGAACUUUCUGUUGAUUCCCUUAAUGGCAAAAGUCGUCCUCAUUUAUUCUCUGAGCUAACACCCGGGCAGUGCCGACACCAGGGAUGCGGUGUUUACACGCCGCAGACCCCAAAGAUCUCCGGUUCCAUUCAGCAAACUUGGAUGAAGCACCUUCUAGACACUGGGAGGGAUUCAAAGAGGAAACCAGGCGCAACCCCUGCCCUCCAAGAGCUUAGGCUCUACCUGUAGGGUCUACCAGUAUGAAAUUCCUUACUUCAACACUAAGUACGAGGGGCGAUGAACAUGUCACCUGGGACCAAAUUAAAAGCACGUCCGUGAUCUGAAUAGCUGGCCUUUCCCUACCGCUGCCAUGUGAGUCCUGGGCUUGCAAGAUCAGAAAUUGGGAAAGGAGAGUGUGGACGAGCACUGCAGAGCGGGGAGAGCUCCCUUCAGCGGUGUCUGAGACGGUCGCUCUCACUUGUAUCUCUAGCUAGAAAUUCUCUAGCAUUUUCUCUUCCCUGCACCCUGGGUUAGCGAGGUUGCCUCCUCUUGAUCAGAAGAAAGCAGUGGCAAUUAGCGGGACUAGCUAUGUGGCUCUUAACAUGAUCUCUUUUUGUCCCAAGGCAACUUAGUCUUGCCUAAGACAGCAUCACCAGUGUCCUGAAUCCUUUUUUUUGUGGGGGGGUGGGGGCAGGGAGCUGCCCACAGAAUAAGAGGAAUAACACACUGAUGAAUUUUCUCCUUUCAAUGGUGUAUUUGGCCCCCUCCAACCCAGGGUCUUUUUACCCUGAUACCUUGUCCAAAUGGGAACGUAGCUUUAGCUGAAACUUCGAUGGCUCUGACAGGAUUCGCCUAAAUGACUAAGUACCCACCGUCUCCCCCUUUCACUGCCUAGGCUCCAACUCGGAAUACGUUUUUGAAACAUUCACUCCCUUCUGCAGAAGGGAGACCCGAGUAUCCAGGAAGUUAGUAUGACUUGCCCGAGGAGCAGACAGCAUGCCAGGGACAGAAGGAGGAUUGAGAUCCAGCCUGGCCAGAUCCCCCAUUUGACCCAUUCCCACCCAGGAACCUGAAGAUGAGAGAUUUGGGAAAACACACGAAGAACAAAGGGCAGGUUGUUUUUGCUUUUGUGUUUUUCCCCUAGCAUUCGGUGCUAGUCGGUUUUCACCCGCUCGGCCUGCUCCCCUUCUGAGCAGAAAUCUGGAAGGAAGGCAGUGAGACAAGGAAGCCAUGGCAGGAGGGUGGGGUGGGGGUGGCAAUAAUCCCUGCCUGUCUAAAAACCGCGGAAGACUAACCUGAUCCUCUUUUGGCCCCAUCUGCAUCAACACUAAACAACUACAAACUCCCUGAAUCUUUCACACAUGCCAAGUGAACAUUCUUGAAGAUUUCUCUUUGUGACUGCAAACCAGGAUGAAUCUAGAAUUUCUUUUUCUCCUUUUUUUUUUUUUUGUUUAAUUU